AUGAGAUUCGAGCGAGGCCUGGGCUACAACGUGCCCAAAUUGCUUCAGCUUCGCGGGAAGGUUGAAGGGGGUGGAAGAACUUCUUCGAUCGAGGAAGAAUUCGAAAUUGCGGCGCCAAAAGACAUGCGAAAACCGCCAAUAUCUGAUCAAAGGCCUAACCUAUUGACCCCACCCCACUCGCAAUUGACUGGAAAAUGGUCACUCGUUCUUUUGAAUCAAUACUUACUAGGAGACAUCAUCGGAUUUCCUCCCCCUUCUCAUGUCAGAAAUAUUCUCGAAGUGAGAAGGCUGUGCUUGCACAGUGAGAAGGCGAUCGGGCCAACUGUGAGUCGACUACCCGAACCACGCCAGGAUACCUUGAGGGAUGCUCCGAGCCGAGGGUUGAGGCCUCAACACCCGGUUCGGAGCAUUCACAUCCUCAACGUUAACGCUGAGGAUGUGAAUUUUGAAUUCGGAAGGUCCGGCAACCACCCGGGGAUAAACAAGGACUUACUGGCGCGCGGUUGGUAA